AUGCCUGUCCGCCACCCCUGUCCCUGUCCUUUACCUCCGCCCUGCCCCGCUGCCCAGGCCUUCCGUACCCACCUGGUAGGGAGAACAAAUGGCUCCUUCUACGAGAUCUUGCAAGUGGACUUUGGAGUUGACAACAGCAGUGGCCUGUCUGGCGCCCAGCAGAUCACCUGGCAGGUGGAGUACCCUGUGGAGGACGCCCCGAGGGAGCUGGUCAUCUCCGAGAUCUUUGUCAGCCAGACCUCCUUUGUGGGCAUUGUCCCACUUGCAAUGGACUCGGAAGUUCUGAACAUGGCCAUUCCCACUGGAAAGGCUGUUUCAGGUCCCAUCAAGACGGUGGUGGUUCAGGAGGAUGGUUUGGUGGUGGACGUGUCAGAGGCUAUGAAAUGCAGGUCUGCGGAUGAAGACGUCAUCAAGGACUUCGGGCUGGGACUCCAGCUGCAAACGGAGGUCGAAUGGCAUGUGCCCUACCCUGAAUGUCUCCACGUGCUGACCCCUGGGGGAGAAGUAAGGAGUGGCUUGUCAAGGUCAUGUGUAGGCAGCGGCUGA